ACGAGUUCGUAGUUAGCUUCUUCCAACUCCUUAAGACUCCGCAUGCUGCCAAGUACGAUUGCUGGCCCGGCGACUCUGACCGGCUUCUCGAAUUCGCCGCGCCUCCUCCGCCGCCCCAUCGCCUCCCUCCCUCUUCCAUCCCCACUUCCCUUCUCGCUCACAGGCAAUGCAUCCUUUCCGACUCCUGUCUUCCCGUCUUCUCCGCAGCCUUCUCCGGAAGACGCUACCUCAGCCUUCGUCCGCUUUCUCAGGGCCUCCUCAAGAUCCGUUAAGUCGCUCCUCGACGCUGGCCUCCUCCACUCGGUUGCAGUCAAGGCCGGUCUCGGCCAGGACGACCGAGUGCGCACCGGCCUUCUCAGCCUCUAUUGCAGGUGCGGCUGUGUGGACCUCGCGGGCAAGCUGUUCGACGAAAUCCGCGAGAGAGAUGUGCUCGCGUGGACCCUUCUGAUCUCUGGCCGCGCUCGGGCCGGGCAGUAUCGGGAGGGGCUAGAGAUGUUCGCCGCGAUGAUCGCCGAGGGGCCUCUGCCGAACCGCUUUACCCUGUCUUGUGUUCUGAAGUGCUGCGUGGGUUGUGGUGAUCCUGGAGCGGGCAAGAGCGUCCAUGGAUGGGUUCUAAGAAACGGGACUGAGUUCGACGUUGUCUUGCUCAACUCAAUCCUCGAUUUCUAUGCAAAAUGUGGUGCCUUUGCAUGCACGAAGAAUCUUUUCCGAACGAUGAACGAGAAGGAUGCGAUCUCAUGGAAUAUUAUGAUCGGCGCGUACCUGCGUCAGGGUGAUAUCGAUGGAUCGAUGGAGUUGUUUAGGACAUCACCCUAUCAGGACGUAUCAAGUUGGAAUACGAUCAUUAGUGGGCAAAUGGAACAUGGUCUUCAUGCAAUAGCCCUUCAAAUUCUCCAUACAAUGGUGGAUAUGGGACCUCGGUUCAAUCAGUUUACCUUUUCCACGGCUUUGGUGAUAGCCAGUAGAUUAACUAUGCUGGAUUUGGGGAAGCAGCUUCACUGUCAGAUACUAAGAACUGGGCAUGUAGGCGAUGUGUUCGUCAGAAGUUCACUGAUAGAUAUGUACUCUAAAUGUGGGGAUAUGCACGCCUCGUCCUUCGUUUUCAGUGGCUCAUCAGAACAUACAGAUGGAACAGUGACAGAAAGCAUUUCCUUCAGUGCCAUGGUUGCUGGGUAUGUCCAAAAUGGCAUGGGCGAAGGAGCUCUGGAGCUGCUACGCGACAUGUUUCAGCAAGGGGUGAAGGUGGAUCAGUUCACUCUAACCAGUGCCGCUGCAGCGUGUUCUGAUGCCGGGAUCCUAGAGCAAGGCAAGCAGGUACACUGCUGUGUUGAAAAACUAGGCCAUGUGUAUGAUGUUUUCCUCUCAUCUGCAAUCACUGAUAUGUAUGCAAAGUGUGGCAGCUUGGAGGACGCCCGAAAAGCUUUUGACAACUCUCGUGUCACCAACGUUGUACUGUGGACUUCAAUCAUCGGUUCUUACGCUUCACAUGGUCGGGCGGCAGAGGCUAUUCAUCUGUUCGAACAGAUGUCAGAGGAGAAGAUUGUUCCAAACGAGAUAAGCUUUGUGCAUGUUUUAUCAGCUUGUGCCCAUACCGGACUGGUUGGGAAAGGCCAUGCAUACUUUAAAUCAAUGCAAGAGGAUCACGGCAUAGCUCCGAGCGUCGAGCACUAUACAUGUAUGGUUGAUCUCCUCGGUCGAGCUGGUUUACUCGACAGGGCAAAGGAUUUCAUACAUGAAAAAGGCAUCAGCAAUUAUCCUGUUGUGUGGACAGCACUGUUAUCAGCUUGUCGAGUUCAUAAUGAUGUGGAAAUGGCGUCUUGGAUCUCUGAGCAACUAGUUCAACUUGAACCUUGUGACUCUGGCCACUACAUUUUGCUAUCUAAUAUGCAUGCUUCCAGAAGGAAAUGGGAGGAGGCCUCAAAACUUAGGAGGAUGAUGCACGAAAAAGGUGUGAGAAAAAGGCCGGGGCAAUCUUGGAUUCAGAUAAGGAACAAGGUACAUACAUUUAUUGUAGGAGACAAGUCACAUCCUGAAGCAGCUGAGAUAUACUCAUACUUGGAGAGCUUGAUUGGGAGACUGAAGGAAAUGGGAUAUGCCAGUAGAACAGAUUUGGUUCUUCAUGAUGUGGAGGAAGAACAGAGAGAAUCCAUCCUGAACUUUCACAGUGAGAAGCUUGCUGUUGCUUAUGGGAUCAUGAGUACUCCAAAAGGAAUACCUAUUAGGGUUAUGAAAAAUCUACGUGUUUGUGCAGACUGUCAUGAAGCUAUCAAAUAUAUUAGUCAGGCUACAUGCAGGGAAAUAAUCCUCAGAGAUGCAUAUAGGUUCCAUCAUUUUAGCAAUGGGAAGUGCUCAUGUGGGGAUUACUGGUGA